CGGGAGCUGGGCGAGAUGUGACCGUACUGCUUCCGAAUCUUACGGAAUAUUACUCUUAAGUGGCUUCGGUUUUAUGGCACGGUGUUACUAGUACUCAGUACUCAUUCAUGUCUUUUCCAUUCACUAUGUCGACACCUUCGAAUAGUGUGUUCCCGCUGACGGAUGAACCCCUCAAAAACCUGAUCCAAGGCCCAGGAGAUGUGGAAUGGAGGUAUGAAAUGCGUCGGGAAUGUCAAGAGAUCAUUCCUGGUCUUCUACUAGGCCCUUUCCAAGCAUCAAAGUCGCUCGAGGUGCUCAAUUCGCUUGGCGUCACUCACAUACUCUGUAUACGUGAUAAGAAGGAAGCAUUCUCCGUGAAACCACGCUUCCCAGAACAUUUCGAGUAUCUCGUAUUGGAUGUGGAGGAUAACGAAGACCAAAACGUCAUUCGUCUGUUCCCGCAAGCUCAUAAUUUCAUUACCGACUCAUUGAAUAAAAAGGGCACUGUUCUCGUUCACUGCAACGGCGGGAUUUCCCUAUCACCUGCAUUUGUUGUCAUGUUUGUCAUGCGUCGCUGUCAGUUAUCAUGGGAGGAUGCUCUUCAUCUUGUUCAAAAUCGUCGCUACUGUAUUUCGCCAAACGGUGGCUUCUUGACACAGAUCAAGGAAUAUGAGUCGAUAUACAAGGCAUCCGUCGCCGUCGCCGGAUUUCCGCAAGGACAGAUGCAAAGAGUUGUCUCCCGGAGGAAGCGAGAUGAUGAUGACGAUGAGGAGGAAUUCAGAGAGGAAGACCGUAAAAGGGUAUUCGUCGACGGAGAAGGUGACGAUGCGAUGGCAACGGAUUUGUGACCGUCUUUCUUGGGGCUUUCUUCUUCCUUUGGUUCAAUUCUGUUUAGUCUACCACUACCGUAUACUUGCUUUUAGAAGCAUUUCGUGUUCUAUCACGAUGAAUGAAUGGUAUAAGUUCUAUUGGGGUCCAACAUAACCCAGUCGUCAACUGGGUGUGAUCUAUAGUGACUUGAUCUUUGCCUUCUCUUUCUCCUGCAGAACACGCUUUGCAUGGACCU